AUGCCUUCUAUGGGGGCCUUUCUUGGUGCCUUCUUUUUGGUGCCAUUUUUGGUGCCUUCUUUUGUGCCUUCUUGUUGGUGCCUUCUUUUUGGUGCCUUAUUUUUGUUGCCUUCUUUUGGUGUCUUCUUUUGUUGCCUUCUUUUUGGUACCUUCUAUAGGGGCCUUUCUUGGUGCCUUCUUUUUGGUGCAUUCUUUUUGUUGCCAUUUUUGGUGCCUUCUUUUGGUAGCUUCUUUUGGUAUCUUCUUUUAGUGCCUUCUUGUUGGUGCCUUCUUUUUGGUGCCUUCAUUUUGUUGCCUUUCUUGGUGCCUUCUUUUUGGUGCCUUCUUUUUGGUGCAUUCUUUUGGUGCCUUCUUUUUGGUGCCUUCUUUUUAUGCAUUUUUUUGGAGCCUUUCUUGGGGCUUUCUUUUUGGUGUCUUCAUUUUGUUGCCUAUUUUUGGUGCCUGUUUUUCGUGCUUUCUUUUUGGCGCUCUUUUUUAGUGCCGUCCUUUGUGUUUUCUUUUUGGUGCCUUAUUUAUGCCUUCUCUUUGGUGCCUUCUUUUGGUACCAUGUUUGGCACUUUCUUUUUCAGCUUUUCAGGACUUUUUUGUAAAGCCGUAAUCAUCUCUCUCUCUCUCUCUCUCUCUCUCUCUCUCUCUCUCUCUCUCUCUCUCUCUCUCUCUCUCUCUCUCUCUCUCUCAGAACACCCUCUUUCCCCACUUUCUCUCUCUCUCUCUCUCUCAUGA